AAUUAUGAAAUUAUUUUAAAAAAGUGAAUGCACAUCUUUUGUCGUCUGUCGUGUUCGAAAAUGAUCUUUUGACCGUGUAGAUAAUGGAGCACGAGAACUCUCCAUUCCAGAAGGAGAUAGUUUAUAACAAACUGCUUCCUUAUAGCGAGCAUUUGGACCACGAAGCUCGUGUUGUUUUAGAGGAAAUAAAGUAUAACAUCGGUCGUGCCAUCGUUUUAAGAGAGCUCAGACCUGGGGCUCUACACUGGUGUAAUAGACUGUUCAGUUACAUCAAAUUAUAUGGUCACAGAUUCUCCAAAGAUGAUCAUGUUUUAUUUAUUAAACUCACAUUUGAACUUAUUAUCUCUGUCGAUUUGGACUCCCAACUCUUAACUGGAUUCUGUCACCUAUUUCUAAAACUCUUAAAAAAACGCGAGUUGCUGUCGCGUGAUGAUCUCGUUUUGCCAUGGCAACCACUCUACAAGAUCUACGAAAUGAUGUGCUAUUCAAAGUUCGAGGCUGUUGGCUUGAAAAGACAUUCAUGCCAACUGGAAGAAUUACUGAAGCAAGUCAUUCGUUGUGCCAGAGUAUAUUUCUCUGAUGAUGCUACACAGGAAAUGCUCGACGAAUGGCGACCGUUGAUGUGUCCGUUUGACAUCACGUUUGCCAAGGCGAUGCAGUAUUUUUCAUUAUUUCUCCCGACGACUUUACCCCCGGAAAAACACGACAAAGGUUUCAAGCUGUGGUUUGAUGAAUUGGUCGGAUUCUGGGACAGCUGUCAUAAUAGUCCAUCUUGGGAACAGUACAGCGUGAAACUUUUCGCAAGAGUGGCCAAAGACAAUGCUGGGUACAUCGAUUGGAAACCGUACAUACCAAAGAUAUUCACCCGAAUUAUUCGCAGUUUUAACCUGCCUCUUGGCAUUAAAAGUCGCAGCAACACAAGAGAUAACUACGACUCGUUUGUUAGUGCUGUUUGGAUUGUCUCAAUGAUGGGUGAUGAAGAUUGUGUUCAAAGUCACCUGGAUAAUUUUUUUGAAUCUAUAAAGUCAUUUUAUUAUCCUUCAAAUGUCGGUAAAUACACGAUAAAACUUCAACAAUUUUUAAGUAGGCUAUCAAGAGUUUUUACUGAUCGCGUUCACAGAGAGCGUUACAAAAAGCCAACAUGGGAAACAGCAAUUCCUCCAAAGUUUCAACUGUCCGACGACCAUAUUCUGAAGUUUGUCGAGUGUUUGAAACCUGUCGUAUUGCUGUCGAUGUUUAACAAACUGGGAAGUUUUGAAGCUGCGACGUGUUUGCAACAAUUAGCACAACUAAAACCAGAUGUUGUGUUACCAACAUUGUUGGACAGGACCUACACAGCCUUGGAUACCCUGACCGAACCACACCAGCUUACUGCAUCGCUGACCUGUAUCACUGCAGUCGCGCGGCCAUUGUUAUCAAGUCCUCAAGCCUUCCCCGAUGGUCCUACUCAUCUCAUACGUCUUCUUACAUUAGUCUUACCCGGCAUUGAUGCAAACGAUUUCAGAAAAGCGAUGGCAACCUUCACGUUUAUCUCAACCUUGGUGUCGCUUGUACCUCUAGUAGACUGUUCACAAGCAGUAUUCACAAUGGAUUUGACUGAGACUGAGAAAGAAAUUUGCGCCGCCAGUGGUCAAUUCGAGGACUUUGUUCUUUUAUUCAUGGAAAGAUGUUUUGCGAUGAUCGAGAACUGCCAGUUUCAGCCAACUUCAGAGUUGAACAGCGGCGGAAACACCGAGAAAAUGGACAGUCAGGAAGGAAUGCUGGGAAUGGGUCUCACUUCAACAUUUCACACGAUUCUGAUGCAAUGUUCCCCACAAAUUUUCAAGGUUGCUUUGAAGCAUCUUUUUCAGUUUUGUUCAAAUAAGAUUUUCGAAACCAAAGUUGCUGGUCAGAUGGUGUCGGAUUUCUGCAGAGCUGCUGCACGGACUGACGCGCAGUCGACAUUGAAGCUUUUUAUUCCAUAUAUUCAUUCAGUUAUUGAAAACAUCACCUCAGUUGAAGGAGUUCAGGACGAGGAGGAAGUUGACGAAGAAUUGAUCUGGUGUCUUCAGUUACUCUCUGAGGUCGUACGGUGCAAUGGUUUGCAUAUAUUACCAUACAAACAAGAACUUGUUGAAAUUCUUGAACCUUGUCUUCGCCUAAAAUGUAAACGUGCAUUUCAUUUCGCUGCGAAGAUAUUACACCACCUCAUUCCAUCGCUAGUGUUGUUGUAUCCACUCGAAUGGAAAAACUCUCCACACGAUUUUGGCCUGUCCCCAGAAGAACAUCUUUUCAUCAAGGAUUGGGGGGGUUCAUGUGAUGUUGACGAUGUAACCAUGAACUGGCAUAUACCAUCUCUGGAAGAGAAAUCAUUCGCCAAAGAGCUGUUAGAUACAUUCCUUCUGCCUGUCCUGGACCGUCUCACGCAGUUCACACAAGGAAAUGAAAUGACACGUGACGAGCUUCAACUAAGCGUCGGUCUGGUUCAUCACAUUUUACAAGGUUCAUGUGGACUCCUUCCGAACUUCCAAGGACCAUUACUCGAUAAAAUUGAAGUGAAAACACUCGUAAAUCGCGGAAGAGUAGAGAACACCGUGUCAUGUAGUCCAGAUAUCCCUCUCGGUGAUUGUACGCGAGAUAACAUUGCCCAGAAAAUUCAUGAUUUAUUGAUAUACGUGCUAUCAAAGUGUGAAGACGAUACGAAAACCCUAUUUACAAUAAUAAAAAUAUAUAAGGCUUUGUUUUUGCAAUAUGGCGUCGCCAGAGCGGAAUUUGAUGUCAGGUGGAAAAGUGCACACGCUGUUAAGAGAGCUAUGCAAAACAAGCUGUGUCAUAACAAGAAACAUAUUCGAGCCUUGCUGGUUGAAAGAAUCCAGUUGCAACACGAGAUGCGAGUUCUUGAUGAUCGGUCGUGUUAUAUGACUGCCUUACAAGAAGUAUUGAUCAUUGAUCUCUUUUCUCUAUCAACAAGUGUUUAUACCGAGGUCCGAGUGAAAGCACAGAAAGUGUUGUCCUCUUGUUUCGAGGCGUACCUCUAUUCCGCAAGAUUUUUGAUGAACUCCAUCGUCGAGAAACUCAAGCCAGAUCCUGCAAUUUCACACGAGCAGUUUAAAGGUUCACUUCAUGUCCUACUGAAUCAGCGAGUACUCUAUCUCACGACACAUUACUGGGAGAUUAUUGAAAAAAUUUGGCUGGCUUUAGCGCAGGCAGAACAUUCUGAAAAGCCCUCCAUUAUUGCGCUUGUCAACACCGUAACGGACAAGAUACAUAAAAAAUACGAUGCCGUUGCUGUGUCCCGAACUGUUUCCAGCGGUGCUAUAGAUGCCGCCAUGACACUCCUGCACGCUGUUAACUCUGGAUGUUUACCAUCAAGCUAUAGCCGUCCAGCUAUACCUUCUGAAGACGAGAUCAGUGGCGGACAACAAGCUCUCAUAAGCAGAAACGAAGCCAACUUAAGACAUUAUAAUUCGCUCGUCGAAAAGUUAGUAUCAUUGGUCAACGGCAAUGAUUUGCGAUGGCGAUUUUCUCAGAUCUGUAUACGACUGCUUUCUCUUCUCAUUCGUUGUGACGUCAGUCCACCGACCAGUCUUGUCAAACUCUUCGUACAGAAUUUGAUUCACGAUUCCUUGGUCAUCAGAAAGAUUGCCAUUUCUUCAAUGGGCGCCAUCUUGAAACUACAGAAACGCAAGCAUCCUAAAGUGAUGAUUGAUCCUUACACUGAAGCUGGUGUUGGAAAGGCAGAAAAUGGCAUCAUCCAAGCUGGCGAUAGACCCGAUAAUUAUUGGUUGCAUUAUGUAAGAGAAAGUCUUCCAAAGUCCGAAGAAGAUUGGGACAAAUGUCAGUUUGUGGAUAAAACGCACUGGGGAUACUAUUCCUGGCCACAAAAGCUGUUCACGUACGCGCCAAGCUCACAACAACCAUUGCUUGAUCGGAAAAGAGAAGAUCUAAAUGAGAGCGAACAAGAAAUUUUCGACGCGUUUUCAAACCCAGAAUUCGUGGAUAAGUUAAUUUCGUAUUUGUCUUUGGAAGACAGGAAAGGAAAGGACAAAUUUAACGUGCAAAGAUUCGUACUUUUCAAGGGGAUAUUUCGUAACCACGGCGACACAUUUCUAGAACAUUUUAAACCUCACCUGGUGAGACUAUGCGGCGACGCACAUGAGAGUAACCAAAGAUGUGCUACUGAGAUUACCGCUGGCCUUAUACGCGGCAGCAAGCACUGGCCUUUUCAAAAGCUGGUGAACCUCUGGGACUUCAUUAUUCCCGUUAUCAAGAAAGCGUUAGAUAACAUCACCGUGGAGACACUGCGGGAUUGGGGUACCUGUAUGGCCACAGCUGCGGAAAGCAGAGACCCCCGACGUAUCUAUCGCUUGUUAGACUUACUCAUGGACGAUCCAUUGAAUGGCAGUGGUGGAGCAUUUGCUGACAGCAGUCGCCUUUACGUGCUCCAAGGAGCGCUGGCUCAACAAGAAUGGAGAGUUGCGGAACUACUUCAUGAUCUACUCAAAUAUAUUGAACCAAAACUUGGACAUUCGUAUAAAGAUGUGCGAGAUCGUUUGGGAAGUGUGACGUGUAAUAUUCUCAUGUGUGACAUCAAGCUGGCGCGUGGCACACCCUCGCGUUCCCCGCGCGUCGUCGACUUCAUUAAGGCAGCUCUGCCACAGUUGUGCGACCUCAAAGACGUUGACAUGCUGCAGAAUAACUGCGUCGUAGCCCCGAAUGUCGUCAUGGGUGCGGAGAAAAUGAUGGUGGACGAUCUCGAAUGUGUUGAUCUCAGCGCGGAUAUUGACAUGGUCUCAUUGGACACCCCUGAGUCGUUUGAAGAGGAUGAUAAAAGAAAAUCAGCCAUCAAACUAAGCAAAACAGUGUUAAACUGGUUGUGGUCCAACUCAUCUCGCAGCCUGGAAUCUUGUCCAAGUGAACUAUUCGAACUCCUUCCACUGAUUGUGCCUUUGGAGUCCCAAGAAGAUGACCAAGAACUUCAGCAUCUUUGUUCCAAUGUACUUUCGCAUCUUUCCUACUGUCUUCUCUCACCUGAAGCUCUUUCCCAAGCAGUCAGUACUAUAACUAAGAUUGCAGAAAGUCCAUCUUGGCAUUCGAGGAAGAGCAUCCUUACAUUUCUACAGGGUUUGGUCUGCGGCAAUUUCUUUAUGGUUAUUGAAAACUCGGAUCAUGUUACCAGCAUUCAAAGUAUUGUUCUCAAUCUACUUACCGAUAAACAACUUGAGGUUCGUGAAGCAGCAAGCCAAACGCUCGGCGGUCUAAUUCACUACGGAUUUUUCAAGGUCGAUAAAAACUUGCAGGAGAAGUUUUUGACCUUGGCAGCAACAAAAUUACCGAAGAAAAGAAAAAGAGACAACGAUGUAGACGAGCCAGAUAUCUCCCUACCUCACGUAUUACGUCAUGCUGGAGUCUUGGGUCUCUCAAGUUGUAUCAAAGCUUUUCCUUACGACGUUCCUGAUUGGAUGCCACAGAUGUUGGUGGAGAUUGGAGAACAUCUGCAUGAUCCUAAUCCUAUACAGGCUUCGGUGAAGAAAGUUCUGUCAGACUUCCGUAGAACACAUCAUGACAACUGGACAUCCCAUAAACAGAAAUUCAGCGAAGAACAACUGUUGAUUUUCACAGACCUGCUCGUCUCGCCUUGCUACUACGCCUAGGAACAUCGUAAUGGCCAGGUACAGAGUUGUCUAGUAUGUGCUUUGGAAGGAGUUGCAUGUCUUCUGAUGAAAGACACUGUGGGUAUCUAGUUUGGCGAGUGUAAAUACGGCGAAGGGAAUUGGUAAAUGAUAAAUACGGUGGGGGAGUUGGUUUAACUUCACGACUAACAAAAACCUCACGUCGGGAGAUUUGAGGUAUUCACCGCAAUAUUUCACACGUGGACAAGUGAAGGUUCAACUGACCGCAAACAAACGUGUACAUAACUGAACUAGCCUUUUCAAAGGUGGAUUAGAUAAACCCUUUUUUCAAUUCCAGUCGUUUUAUUGGCGCGAGUCACGGAUUAUUGUCGAAACAAAUUGUAAAAACUAGUUGCUUGCUUGACGGGGUCGGGGUGUGGUACCAAAUUUCAAAUAUUCUGUAAAUCGAUACAGAAUUCAUAUAUAGUUUUCUGCUUUUUAAUCCAUUUGUACUCUCAAACUAUUUGAUAAGAGUGCUUCACGUACAAAAUAUACGAAGAUGUGCGAUUCACCAACACGUUUGUCCCUAAAUCACACUUACUCACCUGUUUGGAAGCCCUUGGUACGCAAGUGUUCCAUCAACGUGUUUAUCGGGAUGUUUUAAUACACUGCUCGUUUUAACCGGUCACAAGGACCUCAUUGAACGUGUUGCCGCAUGUAUGUGAACGUGGACGUCGGCAGCGUCCAAUAUCAUGUCGCUGUCACGUGCAUACCACGUGAAACAUUAGACGUAGAAGAACAAAAAAAGCAUUAUAUGUAUAUAUUAAUGUCGCUAACAUUAGGUAGAAGAGAAUAAUUUAUGUUUCAUAUCACUAAAUUUAUAAAUUUGAGAA